GCGAUGAUGCAGACAUCACCUAAAAAUUGGGGCGGGGAAAGGAAGUUACAGUUACGAAAGAGAACUAGCUGCAAAAGUUGGAGCGGAAAGGUUGGGAGACCCGGAGGGUCUUCCCUAGCCCACAGGGAACGAGGAAGUGCCAGGAAGAACUUGCGUAGACCCCCGUGCAUCAAGGGCUGGAUUCCUUGGAUUGGAGCUGGAUUGGAGCUUGGAAAAGCCCCUCUAGAAUUUAUAGAGAAAGCACGAAUCAAGUAUGGACCAAUAUUUACUAUCUUUGCUAUGGGAAACAGAAUGACAUUUGUUACUGAAGAAGAGGGAAUUAAUGUAUUUUUAAAAUCCAAAGAAGUGAAUUUUGAGUUAGCAGUACAGACUCCCGUCUAUCGUACAGCAUCAAUUCCUAAGACUAUCUUCUUAACACUGCAUGAAAAGCUAUAUAUUAUGAUGAAAGGAAAACUGGGGACCUUCAACAUACAUCAGUUUAUUGGGCAACUGACUGAAGAGUUACAUGAACAACUGGAAAAUUUAGGCACACAGGGAACAAUGGACCUGAGCAACUUUGUAAGGCAUCUCCUUUAUCCCGUCACAGUGAAUAUACUCUUUAAUAAAGGUUUGUUUCUCACACACAAGAGGAAAAUCAAGGAGUUUUACCAACAUUUUCAAGCUUAUGAUGAGGGUUUUGAAUAUGGGUCCCAGAUGCCAGAAUGGCUUCUGAGAAACUGGUCAAAAUCCAAAAAGUGGCUCUUAGCACUGUUUGAGAAAAGCAUUCCAGAUAUAAAAGCAUACAGACCUGCAAAAGAUAAUUCUGUGACAGUAAUGCAGGCUGUGCUGGAUAUUGUAGAGAUGGAAACAAAUAAACUGAAUCCAAAUUAUGGGCUGUUAAUGCUUUGGGCUUCUCUGUCAAAUACUGUUCCUGUUGCAUUUUGGACACUUGCAUUUGUCCUUUCUCAUCCCAAUAUCCACAGGACCAUUAUGGAAGGCAUAUCUACUGUGUUUGGCACAGCAAGUAAAGAGAAAAUUAAAGUGUCUGAGGAUGAAUUGAAGAAACUCCUUCUAAUUAAAUGGUGCAUUUUGGAAACCAUUCGGUUAAGAGCCCCCGGUGUCAUUACUAGAAAAGUCAUGAAGCCAGUUGAAAUUUUGAAUUUCACUGUUCCUUCUGGUGACCUGUUGAUGUUGUCUCCAUUUUGGGUACAUAGAAAUCCAAAAUAUUUUCCUGAACCUGAACUGUUCAAACCUGAACGCUGGAAAAAGGCAAAUUUAGAGAAGCAUGCUUUCUUGGACUGCUUCAUGGCAUUUGGAGGCGGGAAGUUCCAGUGUCCUGGAAGAUGGUUUGCUCUGUUAGAGAUUCAAAUAUGUAUUAUUUUAAUACUUUAUAAAUACGACUGUAGUCUUUUGGACCCAUUACCAAAACAGAGUUAUCUCCAUUUGGUGGGUGUCCCCCAGCCAGAAGGGCAAUGCCGAAUAAAAUAUAAACAAAGAAUAUGACAUCCGCUGGGGCUCAAGAGGGCCAGAGCCUUCUGGAAGAGUGAUGCUACCUACCCCUGGAAAAUCCCUGACACUAAUCUGGCAGCACCUCCACCUGGGCUGUCCUGAAACAUGCUGCUUCACUUCAUUUGGGAUCUUAGUUCAAGAAAAUGUCCAAAUGUGCAUGUGUUUGAUAUCUUCAAAACCAGGAAUCUGACAUCGCUCCCUAUGACUAUAUGGUCUAUAGAAAAUUUUUUUUUGCUUUAGUUUUUUUAUUAGUGUAUUUUAGUUAUCCACAAUAUUAGGGUUCAUUUUGACAUAAUCAUACAAACAUGGAAUAUUAUUUGCUCUAGUUCAGUUCCCUUUCCCUUCCAUCCUCCCUCCACCUGUUCCCUUCCCUCUACUCUACUGGUGUUUCUUCUAUUUAGUUUCAGUUUAUAUUAAAUCAGUACCUUAUAGAUAUACAUAAAGGUGAAAUUCAUUCUUGGUAUAUUCAUAUAAGUACAAAGGAUAUUUAGAUCAAUUUCAUUCCACUGUUCCUCCCUUCUCUCAUCCUUCCCUGCUCCUCUCAUGAAAAUAGAAGAUAGGUCAGUGGAGUAUAAAAUGUUGAAAUGAUUAGAAAGAGCAGUUUUGAAAAACUGGAAUUUAGUUUCAUACAUUACUGUAUUAUAGCUUCAAAGAGAAACAAUGUCAUUUGAAUACAAAUUUUAGUACGUUAAAUUCACUAUGAAGGCAACAUACACAAAUUUGCAUUCUGAAAAGACAAAGUCUUAGAUACUAAAAAAAUUUAAUGUUUCUAAAAUUUUCUUUUUAUAUGAUCCUUAGCAAUUGGAAUUCUUAGACUCUAUUAAUAUAAUUCUUUAUUAUAAAUGUAUCUAAUGCUAAAAGCAUGAAUAAAAUCAUAGUUCUCUAAAACCAGUGAACUGGUAUUAUAUUCAUCUCUACACUCUGCUAUGUCUGGGACAGCAUCUUCU